UGGGCGCCGCGGAGAGGAGCGGAGAGCCGGCGGCGUAGGACGCGGCGGUGGCCACCGUCCGAGGAAGAUGGCGGAGCCGGGGGCUACGCGCAGUUACCCGCGGGCGACAGCCAUUGAUGGAUUUCUAAAAACAGAUGAAAGACAAAGACUGGCAAAGGAGAGAAGAGAAGAAAGGGAGAAAUACCUUGCUGCUAGAGAACAGCAGAUAUUGGAGAAGGAGAGAAGAGCAAAAUUACAAUAUGAAAAGCAAAUGGAGGAGCGAUGGAGAAGACUGGAGGAACAGAGGCAGAGAGAAGAGCAGAAGAGAGCAGCUGUUGAAGAAAAACGGAGGCAAAAGCUUAAAGAGGAGGAGGAACGUUUAGAAGCCAUGAUGCGUCGGUCCCUUGAACGCAGCCAGCAGCUGGAACAGAAGCAGAAGCGAUGGUCAUGGGGAGGAGCACUGGCUGCAGGCUCAGGAGGGAGAGAUGCGUGUGACAAACUUUCAGCUUCUACAAUGAAUCUGCCAAAGCAAAUGGAAUCGCCAAUCAGUAAGCGCCUCUCCUCCUCCACAGCGGCAAUAACACAUUCCCCCGACAGAGCUCACCGCAUGCAUCUUAGUCCAAUGGAAAACUUUAUUGUCUCGCGACUGCUGACUCCCACACAGUCAUCUUUAGCCAGAAGCAGAAGUACAUUAAUGCUUUCUGAGCAGUACAAUAAUUCAGUAUUCCAUAUCUGUCCUCGUGUAGCACCAGCUAGUCCUCUUAAAUCUCCCUACAAGCCUUCCCCUACCCGAAGCACCGACAGAAAGAAGGCAACUUCACCCUCCACUUCCGAUGCCAUGAAAGGGGCGGCUGCAGCUGAAGCUACUCAGACUGAAAAGAUAAAGAAAGAGAAGAGACCCACAACACCUGGCUCAUCAUCUGCUAUGGGAUCUCCUCUAAGAAGGUCUGAUUCUCCUGCUGCCAUGUCCAGAAGAUCUGCAUCACCUGCAACACCUAAGACAGUUGCGAAGUCUUAUCCUCAGUCUCCUAAAAAUGCCAAACAAUAUCCAGCUUCUCCUGUGAAGCAUCGUGCCACUUCUAAUCUCAACCAGGAAACUCCUAAAAAGAAAGCAGACAAGGAGAAAGAAAAUGUCAGUCAUCUAAAAUCUCCAGGAGCACGCACUGAUGAGGCAGGCCAGGUGGCUUCUGAGAAGCAUGUGCCUUCUGCAGCAAAGACUGAAAGUAAUGAAGGAAAGAUCACAGCAGGAACAACUGAUGCAGAGGAAGCUUCGAAAAUUCUAGCUGAAAAAAGACGACAGGCCCGCCUGCAAAAAGAACAAGAAGAGAGAGAGAGACAGGAAAGAGAAGAACGGGAGAGGCUUGAAAAAGAAGAACAGAAAAGAAAGGCCGAAGAAGAAAGACUUCGUCUAGAAGAAGAGGCUCGUAAGAAGGAGGAGGAAAGAAAACGUGAAGAGGAAGCAGCUAGAAAGAAGGCAGAAGAGGAAGCCAGGAGAAGAGCUGAGGAAGAACAAAUGCUAAAGGAAAAGCAAGAAAAGGAGCUCCAGGCCAAACUUGAGAAACAGAGGCAAGAAGCAGAAGUCAAAGCCCGUGAAGCAGCUGAGCAACUUCGUCUUGAGAGGGAACAAAUCAUGCAGCAAAUUGAGCAAGAAAGACUGGAGCGGAAGAAGAGAAUAGAUGAAAUAAUGAAGAGAACAAGGAGGAGUGAAACACCAGAGAUAAAGAAGGAAGAGCCAAAACUGGAGGUACCAUCAACUUUGAAUGUGGAAAAGCAACCGAAGGCCCUUGUUCUCAACCAGCCAGAGAUCAAUGGAUUGGCAACCUGCCUGAAAAAUAAAAGCUUAGAAAGUGCUGCCUCUGUAAUCCCUUCCCAAGAUGUAGUUGCUAAUGUACUAAAGUCAGUUCCAGGACUUAUUCAGCUGGAAGCUGUUGAUGGGAAAUCUAACAACAUGGAAGACUCAACAGAUGAGGUUCAGUCCAUGGAUGUGAGCCCAGUUUCAAAAGAAGAACUUAUCUCUAUUCCUGAAUAUUCACCCAUGAAUGAACUCAUGCCCGGUGUUUCUUUGGACCAAAAUGGGACAAGUAAUGCCAAAGCUCUUGAAGAUCUCUUGGAUUUCACAGGCCAAGCUACAUACACCAAGACAUCCAGUGAUACCAUUAGCCUGGAUGACUGUAACAAAAACUUGAUCGAGGGAUUUAACAGUCCAGGACAGGAAAACACUCUUAAUUCUAUCUGUUGACAACCUUGCUUUUCAGCAGGAGAGAUAAAGAGGUAGCAAUUUGUGGAGGAUAUAUAUCUCUGCAAUGCUACUGGCAGUAAAAUGUGAGCUUGACACUUGAAAAAGCUUCUGCAGUCCUUGAACACUGGAUUUAAAAUAAUCAGAGCUGAAUAUAACUUUGUCUUCCCAGGGAAUAUGUUGAAUAGCUGGCUGCUUUUGGUAGAAACCAAUGACUUAAGGCCUUGAUGGUUUCAUGGAAGGCUGUGUGUACAUUAGAAUUUGAGCUUUAGCUGCUAAUAAAGCAUUUCUCUCUUAAUUUAAAAUUCAUCUCAACACUUCACUGUGAUUUUUACCUGUGCAUUACGUUUUGAGAUAAUUCUUCCUUAAGCUUUAUUAUACAUCCACUUUGACAUCUUUUUCUUGUAUAUAAUGAUGAGGUUUGCCCACAGUGCAUUGAAAUGAAAGAAUAUACUGUACCUUAGUUUUGUGCCUAUCUUUUUUGGUUUUAAUAAGGAGUUACUGGCAACUUUUAUGCAGGUGUAUAAUUCAAAACUGUAGCUGAAGAGGCUUGAAAAAUAUACAGCUGCUGGAAUCAAAAGAGCCAAAAAGACUGUGGAGUGUGGGAGCUAUUCUGUUAUGGUUAUGUUGACACUUUUAGUCACUAGUGGCACUUACUGAUUAAUAUUAAUUAGUCUGGGAGCAACUAUCAACUAUGUGUUGAAAAAACAUACUUGUGUAACUCCUGUAAACAAAGUAGGCAAAAUGCCUCGUGUAAUCCCUUAAUAUAUAUAUAUAUAUAGUAUAGCUGUAGUAGAUCCAAGUGAAUGGUGAGGCGGGUCAGGUAACAUGUUAAUCUUUGAAGAUGCAGACACUUGAUUAAUACCAGCAAGCUUUCUGUCACACGGAGAAGAAUUCUGUCUUCCUGUAGGCUCGACAGACGACGAUACAACAGCUGAGGCACACCUGGGAAACACAUCUAGCCCGCUUAACAUUCUGUAAGCACCUGUACAGAGAAACUCACAUCAGGAUGUAUCAUGUCUAAACAGUAUGUGCCAUACAGUGUUAGCUUUGUUUCUGAUGGUGAGAUAUGAUAACUUUAUGCUAGAUCAUGUGCUGCUUUGAGGACACUUUAGUCCAGUUCCUUAAAACAAUAAAUUACAAGCGCAACUCUCUUUGGACACUAACACAAAAGAAGUGAAAACUUGGGAGUGGUGGGGUGGUUUUUUUUGCUUUUUAUUGUUUGGGAUUUUUUCACAUGUAAGGGAGUUCACAGCAUAGCUUGAGCUCAGUUGUAGCCUCGUUCUGAUUCUUUAAAGCCAGCCACGGGAAAGUAAUCAAUGAUGUUAUGUGCGAUGUAUAAAGAAAUCAUACCUACAACAAUCCAGCUCCAUUUCUGUUAGUGUACUUCAGAGAAGUACUCUCUUUUAACUGUGCAGUAAGCUGUAGCAUGGUACUGUGUCUUCCAAAUUAGUCCUUCAUCUAUUUCCUAAGUAACAAACAAACAGAAACCGUUUGUUUCGCCGUGAUACCUUGUGUUUGACAAAUGUCACAUAUUUUAUUAUGGUGUCAUUGUAUAACCUGUAGAUUUCUGUAUUUGCAUGACCUGUAUAGCAUGUAUAAAGGUGAAAUACAUUUUC